AAAUGUUUUUGCAGGCGAACAUAUAACACAAUGUGGAAUCGGUGCAGAAUCAUUACGUCAUGAAAAUGCCAGUCCUGAUCCACUCAGCGCAUCAGAUAGUGUUAUGAACACCUCGUGUAUGGAAACACCCAAAAGUCACAUUCAAAGAAAAUCAUGGGUGGAUAAAAAGAAAAUUUCUGAAACGCCACAAAGCACAUCUGAUGCGUUACACAAAUGUUAUAACACUUUUCCAAGAAGAUCACAAAGGGUAAAAUAUUUGCAUAGUUCUCGCAGUAUUGUGAAGUCGAUUUAUACGCAAAUGGAGAAACAACAUGUUAAAGCUCUUCUACUAAAAAAUCGGAAAAUUCCAUCAAAAAAAGUACUGGAUGAAUAUCAGAGUGAGGAGGACACUUCUUCAUGCAUUCGUAAACAACGAUUUAUGAUGGAGAAUUGUAAUAAUAUUACCGAUAACACCCAUAAAUCAAGACAAAAUGAGGAUCUUAACAUAUCAGUGAAGUUGCUGAACGUUGAAUUGGAACAUCAUCGAUCUCUCAAUAAAUUUCAUCUACAAUGCAGAUACAAUAAUUUGAAUGAAAAAAUAGAGAUUGAAAAUGUGUAAUUGUGAAUUAUUAUUAUCUUC